AUGAACUGGAAAGACUCUAACACUACUCUUCAGAUACUGAAGAAUGCGGAAAAUGGAAAAUACGGUGUUCUUGCAACUAUUGCUUACACCUUGGAUCAUGUUAUUGCAAUGGUUCAGGCAGCUGAAAACAAGAGAUCCCCGUUGAUAAUCCAGUUUUUUCCGUGGGCCAUCACUCACUCCAAGGGGAACUUAAUCAAAGCUGCUAAGGUUGUUGCAGAGAACGCAUCAGUUCCAGUUGCAUUACAUCUGGAUCACUGCCAAAACGAAGAGAUCGUCAAAUUUGCGGCAUCAGAGCUUCCGUUUGAUUCUAUUAUGGUGGAUAUGUCUCACUACGAGAAAGAGGAAAAUUUGCGGAAAACCAAGGAUCUGGUCAAGUUCUGCAAUGAUCACAGAAAGGCCACUGAAGCAGAACCUGGAAGGAUCGAGGGUGGGGAAGAUGGAAUCAUGGAUACUGAGGAGCUAGAAGGAAUUUUGACCACGCCUGAUGAAGCGGAUCUGUUCCUACAAGCGGGUAUUGAUAUUCUUUCUCCGGCUAUCGGUAACUUCCAUGGCGAUUAUCCGCCGGCUGGUCCCCAACUAAGGUUUGAACUUUUGGAAGCAUUGGAAUCGUAUACCAGAGCAAGAGACGUUCGAUUAUGCUUACAUGGUACUAAUGAUUUCACCCCCAAAUUGCUACAGGACAACAUUGAUAGAGGUGUUUCCAAAAUAAAUGUCAAUAAGCUUGUCCUGGACACACAUUUGGAGUUCUUCCAAAAAAAUGCUAACCGGAUCUCUUUAACCACCUUAUUUGACGACUCUAACAAAAUACUAGUUGAGAGAAUGGAGUACUGGAUAGAGCAGUGUAGAUCUGCAGGUAGAGCAAAAUAA